CCGCCAGCCAAGCCGCACCGCACCGCCAAGGAGCCCCCCGCGCCCCCACCGCGCCGCGGGAAGAGUCAACCCCACCGCCGCCGGCACCGGCGGCGACGGCCGGGGGAAGAGGGAAGAGGAGGCCUGGGGAAGAGGGAGCUAGGGUUCGCCCGUCCGGUAACCAUAUUUCCCGAUAAGACAAUGGAUCCUGCACUAGACCACAAGGAGCAGUUCAAUGUUGACCUAGAUCCGCAGAAGACGUUGGAUUUCGCGUUAUUUAAACGCGUCCGCUCCCAGCUCAUGAACCCUGCUGAAAGCGAAGAAUCUAUGGCGAUGUUGAUUAAUUGUCUGUUAAACGCAAGGGAACCCGACGAAGACAAGAAACUGCCUCCGUUGGAUGUUAUUAUCUACAAAGAUCUUGUGCCGCUCGCAUGGUCAUGGGACAGGCUUUUGCCGUGGAUGAGUGGUACUGUUCUUUUCGAAGACUAUUUCAAUUACCUUGAGGAGUAUUUUCGCCAAAAUUUUGCCAAUGACCCCCCUUCCCUGAACCUGCAAGCUGCAGCCGCUGCGUGUAUUGUGGCAGAGGAUGAGCUGACUACUACCAUGGAUAGGCAUGCUGAACUGUUUAGUGGGGGUCCUGACGUUCAUGCCCUCAGCACUAAGAUCGUAGAGCAAGCCCAUCAAAUCACUCAUUUGGUUCCAGUCCAGUCCUCUGUUCCAGCUGCUUGCUUUCUGUGUAUUGUGGAGGAGGCCAAGUUGAUGUCUAGGCUGGCAGAUUGCAUCUCCAUGGCUGAUGAGUCUAUGGCUGGACUGUGGCAAUGGAAAUUUCAGUUUAGCGAGGAUGUCCGGAAGGCUGCCUUAGAUAUUCUGACCACCUACAAAGGGCCUUACUCUCGGCAAGUCUCCGCUUCCUUGUUGGGCAUGCAAAAGGAGGCCAUUACUGCACGUGAGUUGCUGAAUAUAGCUGAUGUGAACCUCGAGGAAAAGAUGCACAUUUCUGAAUUAAUACGGACCUCUUUGCUGAAACUUUUUGACAUUAUUCUAGACUACUUUCCUCCUGAAUCUUCUGUCAAGUAUUAUCCAAUUAAUCGUGAUUAUCCUGCGCUGACAAGCGAGCUUACAGGCAGUUUGCACCUACUUGAACCAAGUAAGCAAAUUAGAAGUGUGGAUGGUUCUUCUCCUGCUAACAAUUAUAAUAUUGUGAAAAUUCCCGUAACACCAAACAUUGAUGCUCCUGCUACUCCAUUGUCAUGCUCUGCUAGCUUUUUAAGUGAUGAGGAUUCUGUAAAGGACACCAAGACCAACAGAAAAAGGAAGAACAUUGUAGGAACCCAAGUCAGUGGAACACCCAGGAGGCAGUCAUCUGAGCCAAGGAAGGAUGUUGUAAUUGAAGAUCUGUUGUGUUCGCAAAUUACAAGUGACGGUGACUCGAGGUAUGAAAUGAGAAGUGCAGAUGGGGGUUAUCCAACCAAUGCUACUUCAACUCCAUUGUUAGGCUUUGCAAGUACUGAAGAAUAUGGCAAGGACAUCAACACCAGCAAAAAGAGGAUCAUGGGAGGGCCCAAAGAGAGUGAAGUGACCUGUACUCAGUCAUCUGAGCCAUGGAAAGAUGUUGGAAUGUUGGAUCAGUUAGGUUCGCAAAUUACCAAUGAUUGUGUUGCAGCUCCUUUUAACCCCACUACAGACACGUUUUCUGGAUCGUUUCCCUCAAUAUCAAUAACGCACUCUGUAGAUUUAUUUGGUGAUGGAUCUGAUGAGGACUUGACCAAGAAAAGUAAAAGAACAUGUGAUAUUCAAGUUGCUUCAGGCAGUGGAGUCUCCAGUUCAGAGAAUGCAGAUUAUGAGAAGUGAUGAGUGGAGCUACAAAAUGCUGAUCAUGUAGCGAUGGUGAUUUAUGCGCGGUUAAGUCAGCAUGGGCACUACUCUUCUGCUCUACAAUACUUGACACUGUUUUAUCCACCGAAGCUAAACUCUCUAUUGUUGUAGUAGUUGAGUGCCCGUGCCAUGGUUUUUAUCUAAAUGUUGUGCACCGUCAGUUUUAAAGUUAUAAAAAGUUGCUACAACUCAGUAGCUGAAAUCUAGGACGUGUAUUAUGUAUUUGCUCAAAACCUGGAAUGUGUCAACAAUUCUUUAGCUAUCCCAGAUGUAGCAAACUUGUCCUGCGGAAAAAGUCAUGGGUCUAACUAUGUGACACAUCGUCAAUGCCGGGUGUCCCUUACAGUUGGUUUGAAGGACUGAAUCCAUGUUAGCCAGAAGUUGUGAUUCCCUUGUUAUGGUGCCAUUUGCAACGGGUUGCUUGAAA